AUGGAGUGUGGAAAAAGCUUCCCUGACAAUGGAACACUAAGAAAACAUCAACGGACUCACACAGGUGAGAAACCAUUUAAAUGCAUGGAGUGUGGAAAGAGCUUCACUGAAAGUGGAAACCUUAGAAUUCAUCAGCGGACUCACACAGGGGGGAAACCAUUUAAAUGUAUGGAGUGUGGAAAGAGCUUCAGUCGGAGUGGACACCUUAGAGCACAUCAACGGACUCACACCGGGGAGAAACCAUUUAAAUGCAUGGAGUGUGGAAAGAGCUUCACGGAAAGUGGAUACCUUAGAAAACAUCAACGGACUCACACAGGGGAGAAACCAUUUAAAUGCAUGGAGUGUGGAACGAGCUUCACUUACAGUGGACACCUUAGAAAACAUCAACGGACUCACACAGGGGAGAAACCAUUUAAAUGUAUGGAGUGUGGGAAAAGCUUCACUGACGGUGGAACACUUAGAAAACAUCAACGGACUCACACAGGGGAGAAACCAUUUAAAUGUAUGGAGUGUGGGAAAAGCUUCACUGACGGUGGAACACUUAGAAAACAUCAACGGACUCACACAGGGGAGAAACCAUUUAAAUGCAUGGAAUGUGGAAAGAGCUUCAGUCAGAGUCAACACCUUAGAAAACAUCAACAGACUCACACAGGGGAGAAACCAUUUAAAUGCACGGAGUGUGGAAAGAGCUUUAGGGAAAGUGGAGACCUUAGAAAACAUCAAUGGACUCACACGGGGGAGAAACCAUUUAAAUGCAUGGAGUGUGGAAAGAGCUUCACUUAUAGUGGAGGACUAAGAAGACAUCAGGCGACUCACACAGCAGAGAAACCAUUUGAAUGCAUGGAGUGUGGAAAGAGCUUCACUGAUAGUGGAACACUUAUAAUUCAUCAGCGGAGUCACACGGGGGAGAACAGAUUUAAAUGUAAAGAGUGUGGAAAGGUCUUCACUAAAGUUGGAAACGUUAGAAGACACCAGCGGACUCACACAGGGGAGAAACCAUUUGAAUGUAUGGAGUGUGGAAAGAGCUUUAUUGAUGCUGGAAAUGUUAGAAGACAUCAACAGACUCACACUGGAGAAACCCUAAAUUCAGAGUGGAACCCUAAAUUCACAUACAGGAAACUUAGAAGACAUGAACAGACUAACUCAGGUACAAGCAAAUAAAUAUAUGGAGUGUGGAAAGAGCCUCAAUAGAGGUGGAAACCUUAGCAAACACCAGCGAACUCACAAAGGGAAAACCAUUGGAUGAUGAAAGAUUUAAUGAUAAAGUGGGCAAUUGAUGUGGGACACAAUAUUGAAUUUGAAAUGUCCAAAUUAUGGAAUCAGAACAUAAAAUUUACAACAUGCACGAUCCUGAAAGAGAACAUCAUGAAAGUAAUGUACCGCUGGUACUUGACACCGGUCAAAUUAGCAAAAUUGUACAGAAGGAGUAAUAAGUACUGUUGGACAUGUAAUAUAAAGGAGGGAGGGUUCCAUCAUAUACAGCAGCUAGAAUUCUAUUAGCGGAAAAAUGGAAAUCAACAGACUUAACAACGAUUGAGGAUUGGAGAGUAAAAUUGAUGGAGUAUUUAGAAUUGGCGAAGCUGACCGGAAUUGGAGUAAAUUUGUUGAGUAUUUAAAAAUCCAAUGUAAAGAGGUGAACACACUGACAGGUUUGAUGUAAUACUUGCAAUGUAAUAGAGUCUCUGACUAAGGGGUAGAUGAUUGUAUGAUUGGUUAAAAGCCAGAGAUAAAACCUACGAAUGAUGAUGAAUGAUGAAAAAUAUGAAAACCAAAGUAGCGAUGGAGGGAAGUCACAGACUCGGCGGAGUAUUUGUGUAGAUUUGGUAAAUAUGUUUAUUAAUCUGUAUUUCGUUUCACAAUAUUCAGAAACAUAUAUUUACACAUACAUACAUACACACAUAUAUUCCUCUCCCUCAUGCUCCUGCGCAACAGUUCCUGUUUGACUCCCCUGCUUUUCCAUGCUCAGUACAUACUGUUUCUUCGUGGUGACUUCACCUUUAACUUUUGGAUUGGCGAGACUACAGUACCAUCGCCUGACUCUACGUCAUCUAUCAUACUUCUGGUGGCAACUACCCUGAUAUGUUGCGGACUGGCAAGACUGUAUUAAUCAUUUUCACCUUUAACUCUUUUGUUCUAUGGGACCUCUAUCGGAAUUAUGUGGGUUGCGCAGGAAUUGCUCACAUUUGAUGUCUCUGAUGUUCGGUAGAAUGUUUGUAUCCUUAUAUAUUUGUAUUCUAGUUCUACAUCAUACUGUUUAUAUGUAAAAUUAUGCUAUACUA